GGCUGUCGGCCGCGGGUGAUCUGUGAGGUGAUUGGUCAGGUGCUGUGCGGCGCUGUGAGGGAGGAAAGAUGUCCACCGAUGGCAAGAAGCUGGUCCGCUCCCCCAGCGGGCUACGCAUGCUGCCCGAGAACCGAGCGUACAGCAGCCCCUUCUGCCUGGAGGAGCCUCAGUGGGUUCCGGAUAAGGAGUGCCCACGAUGUAUGCAUUGUGAAGCAAAGUUUGACUUCAUUAACAGGAAGCACCACUGCCGUAGAUGUGGUAAAUGUUUCUGUGACAAAUGCUGCAGUAAGAAAGUGCCUCUGCCCCGCAUGUGUUUUGUGGAUCCGGUGCGCCAGUGCGGGGAAUGCUCCAUCAUUUCACAAAAAGAGACAGAGUUCUACGAUCGGCAGCUAAAAGUGCUGAUGAAUGGUGCUACAUUUGACAUAACCCAGGGAUCCUCGGAGAAGUCUGAAACUGUAGUGUGUCGACUUUCUAACAACCACAGAUAUUUGUUCCUAGAUGGAGAAAACCAUUAUGAAAUAGAAGUUUCCCGGAUUUCAACUGUUCAGAUACUCACCGAAGGGUUUAACCCUGGAGAUAUUCACACAUACACCAGUCUGCUGGAGAGCCAAUUCAUUACAGAAGGAGGGAACAGUCGAGCUACAGGGAUGCUCCUUCAGUAUAAGAGUGCUGGCUCAGAUGAUCUCUUACAGAUGAAGUUUACAACAAGUGAAGAUUUUAAUAGUAACAAGAAGAUGGUGGCUUCCUGGCUGGCUGCUAUGCACAAGGCUGCAAAGCUUCUGUACGAAUCUCGUGACCAGUGACAGAAGAGGAAAGAUGAACAGUGCAAAGUUUUAUUUGUAAUUUGUCAUUUUUUGAUGCAAUAUAACAGACCUUCUUAUAUGCCCGAUAUAUGUACAGCUCAGUUGUUCAUUUACAGUGUACCCGUCACUCGCCCAUUGCAGGCAGCCAUUGCAGAGACUGGGACGUGUUGGGCUACUCUCCAUCUUGUAGCAGAUUGCAGAGAUGCAUUUUCACAAAUGUCGGGUCAUUGAAUGUCUGCCGUCAAUGUGGGCAAAUGAUGAGUACACGGUACUUCUUUUUAUAAGCAGAAUCGUUCACUUUAUCUGUGCAAUAUAUAUAUACAAUUUUAAUAAUGCUUCGAAAAUGUUAAUUUCA